UCGCAGAAAAUAGUAUUGCGUAUGAUGGAGGGAGUUUCUAAAAUUUUUGGAGGUAUUGUAGACGUAGUGGAUGUAAAUAUUCGCAGCACAUUAGGCAGUCUUGACGAACAUCAAACUUUAUGGGAGGAGCCUCAACAUGAAAUUGAAGCUUAUUUUGCUAAAUUAACUGCCCUUCUGGGCAGCGCUGAAACCCGCGAUCGAGGGCUGAUAGCAUUAAGCCAUUUCGUGUGUCGCUGCCCGUUGGAAAUACUGGAGGAAAGGCUGCAGUACUGGGUCAAUGUGUGCGCUAAAAUCUGCAACCAAAGGGGUCAGUCUGCAAGCAUUCCGCUUGCCUGCGACGUGUUGACACAACUCGUACUGAAAUCGGUGGAAUCUGCUGAGCUGGGUAAGCUGAUGAUUGGUAACUUAUCGAAAAUUUUGGAUAGUAUCACAUCUGUCGUCGAUCCAUCUAACCAUUCCAGCAUAUUGGAGUUUUUGAAAACUGCUAUGCUCAAAUAUCCAGGACCAUCGGGGCCAUCGAAAAACCGAAUCGAACAGUACCUUUAUUCGCUGAUCGAUACGGAGGAUCCAAUGGUAUUGGAUCUGGUCGGAUCGUGUCUGCAUCUGCUGCAGCAAAUCAAGGGUGGCGGUCAGCACGGUAAUCUGCACAAAAAGACUUGGGAGGAGUACCAUUGCCAGCUGGUUGACACAAUUCACGAUUUUUUGGGUAAAAUCUUUGCCCAUACACCGGAGUCGUUCGACGUGGAUGACAACCUGGAAUGUCUAAAGCUGCCCAAGAUGAUAGUUAACGAUGAACCAGUUAUUUCUGCUCAAAAAGUUGCAACUCGGGUUUCUAAUCUAAUAGUAUGUCUAGAAAAGGCUAUAGUAGAACCGUACCCGGUGGCUAAGCCAGUUAAACCUAUGAAGAUUUUGAAUGUAAUCUUUCGUGGGCAUGCAGUUAGUUGUCGAGCCAUGGCGAGAAACUCCAUUCAGGAUAAUUUAGCGCUGGGAUUGUUUCUUCCGAAUAUCCAAAAGCAGCUUCUAAAGCUGCUGGAUUCAUUAGUAUUGACUCUUAAGUCGAAUCUGCUGCUGUUUGGAAAUUUAAUAACAGACCUCUUCGAUCAAUGCCUGAAAACAACACUGACAGUGGAAGCCAAGGGAAGAAAGAAAUCAUUUGUUGCUCUUAGAAUAAAGGUUUAUGAGAGCAUCGGAAUUUGGUGUGAGACCGUUAAUUUUGCCAGUGAUAUUCAGAGUAUAUCGGACAGUUUGAUGGAACAUAUUAUACAGGAUGUGACGCCGUACGAACCGAAAGUUACGCUGCAAGUCAAUGCUAGCGGGCAAAAACUUUCUGCCAAAGCCCGGAAGAAACUGCAAAAACAGCAAAACGCUGCCACCAGUCUGGCGAAAACUCACUCAUCGGAUUCGGCAAGUGAUUCCAAGCUAGCUCACGGGGACUGCGGCAACGAAACUCUCUGUCUGGCAGCACUCAACUGUCUAUCGAAAGCCUUCGAAGCUGCUGGAUGUUUUAUCAAGCCUGUUCUGCAUAAGAUUUUGCAGGAAAAAAUCGUUUCCAUUUGCUUUUCGGUAUUUACCGAUUUGAACACGGGAACCCGGCUAAAUUUGUAUUGCGAACCAAGCUGCCGAGCGGCCUUGCUUAGCGCGAUGAAUUCUCUCAUCGUAAAUCCCCAUCAUCACUGCCCUUCACCAUUGCAGUAUGGAAUUGCGGUGUUCAACAUAGCUCAAACACAGGAUUCUAAUAGCGACGUGCGUGCUAAGGCUUCUGACUUAGCUAGAUCCUGCGAACUGUUGAUACAUCCAAGAAGGGAAGUUUUCUAUUUCCCGAUAGAUGAAAAUGCUGUUAGAGAUAUGCUCGCAGCUAAAAAGAAACAUCCACUAAAUGCGAAUAGUUCAAAUACUUCAACAGAAGUAAAUGAUCAAAUUUCCAUACAAUUCAAGAGCAACGAGCGGCAAGAAGAUGAGCAAAGCCCCGUGAAAGACUUGGCAGGAUCUGCUGAAGACGAACCGGUUGCUCGAGUGGAAGAGGUUACGCUUACCGAUGAAAAAUCUUCCCCUCAGGUCUACGAAUUAUGUGAUGAUGAGAACGCAGGCGAAUUGCAGAAAUCAGUUGCGGAUAAGACGCACGAAUCGCAAGUAAUUCGUAUUGAUUCCGAUGAAAGCGAAAUUGAAAUUGUAACAUCAACUCAAGCCAGUGCACCACCAGUGGAAAACAGUAAAGAAACCGAAAGCGUUGCGUUUAGUGACGAUGAAGUAGCGCAAACACCGAGCAGUAGUCAGAUUACUCCUUCGAAAUGUUUAUCGCAAGCACCGUUAGCAAGCAAUCGCAAGCGAGAGUCGUUACCGGCAAAGGAAGAUACCAAUGGCGAAAAGAGACCAAAAACCGCUGAAUGUGACGAUGAUGUGGAUGCGCGUGUUAACGAUCUGGUGGCUGAAUUCGUUGACGAGUAGAUUGACGACGUUUAGAUAGAGGAUAAGUUUUCAACAUUGAGUUUAAAUGUUAUAUUUAAUAAAUUGAAAUU